AUGAAGACAAUUCCUUUGCUGCUAGCUGUUUUAUUUGCCAUAUUUGGCAAAGGAUCUACAUUUUCAGUUCCCUUCUUCUCCGGACCAGCAGGUUCCUAAUUUUUUUGAUGAUUCGGCCCAAGAGCAACAACAGAAUUCAUACGAAUCCUCCCAACAGGAAGAGCAGAUUUCAUAUGAAAAUGAUGACGAUAUUCUUUAUGCAUUUGGGGAAGAACAAGGUGACAAGAUAACCCCGGUAGGAGAUGAUGGCUGCUCCGAACAAGAACAUCUCCAAGAAGAGUAUAAAUUCUUUGGGAAAUCUUACAAGUGUCUGUAUGUGUGCAACAAUGGUGUGAUCUCCUUCAAUAGCGCAGUGUGUCACAAUACACACCCGAUGCAUUCCCCUUGACAGAUGGGCAGGGCCUUUAUCACACCACUCUGGGGGGACGUAGACAAUGAGUUGGGAGGAACGGUGUACUACAGAGAGACCAAAGACCCCCGCACUCUGCAAAAGAUCACAUCUGAUAUGGCCAUACAUCUCCCACACCUUCAUUAUGCAGCAAAAUGGGCCUACAUCGUCACCUGGCAUGACGUGGUCUUUUACGGGGCAGCUGUUAAAAAGAGAAACACAUUCCAGGCUGCCCUGACCAGCGAUGGAUUCCAGUUUUUUGUCAUCCUGAAUUACCAAAAAAUCCAGUGGACAACCGGAACGGCCAGUGAAGGAGACCCUAACACCGGUUUGGGUGGCACCCCAGCUCAGGCUGGAUUUAACAGCGGCGAUAACACCAACUACUUCAACAUUCCUGGAUCCAGAACCAACGAGGUGCUGAAAAUCGCUUCCACGUCCAAUGUCAACCGCCGUGGACGCUGGGUAUUCCAAGUAGAUGAAUUUAAGGCUCCAGGAGGCUGCAUCUUUCAAGCAAAGUUUGCCAGCGAAGGAGUGCCGUUCUGGAAAGACUCCACCUGCAGCAGCAAGUGUCUCUGCCAGGACAACAAAGUGACCUGUGUGGCCAGGUCUGCCCUCCACCCAGCACCUGCGAGUUGUUGGGAUCCUUCUACACCUGCAAAAUCCAAGUAAAGGAACCAGAACCAGAACCAGAACCGGAGAAGACCUGCGUCUGA